UCAGUAGGGCAAUCGCGCGCGCAGACCGGUUACACUCGGCGGCGCGGUUCAGUUCAAGGUUUCCCAUUUCGGAGAGUUCAAGGCAUAUAUAAUAAUAUAAAAAUAAUAAUAUUAUAUACAUGUUAUACGCGUGCCUCGUAAACCGCCCGCCCUACUGCCUCAAUACCUGAUAAUAUAAUAUCACGGUGGUCGGCCCCUCCCCCCGGAAAAAUCGUCAUCGCCCGUCGACGGGAUUUUUAUUCUCUCGUCACUAGCCGGCCGGCCGCUGUACGAUCCGCGCUCCGCUCCGUUCCGCUCCGGACGUGUAAACAAUAAUAAUAUAAUAUAAUAUAACUGAUACAAUAUUACGUCUAUAAUACACCGAGAGCGCGAGUUGUCCGCCGAUCUUUCGAAUCUUGCGUUUCGGUUGACUCAGAACCUCCGUUUUCGAAUCGAUUAAUUUUGAAUACAUUUUUUUUUUUUUUUUAAAUUUGUUUCCCCAAAGUUUUUCUCUACCGGCCGGCCCGCCCCUUCCGCCGCCGACAGAUCCACGCCGAUCGAUCGGCUGCCCGAAACUACUACAGUGGUGACAGUCGGAGCGAACCGCCCCGCACGUCGCUCGGAAACAAAAGAAAAUCGUCUGUGAACGACGGGAAAACAUGAACAAAAUCACGUAAGAUCACCCGACGCACUGCAAUUAGAUCGCGGGUCCUCGUGCAGUCGAUUCCUUCCGAUCGCAUACAAAUUGGAGCACAGUGACUGAAUGAUACCUCAGCAUGUCCCAGGAUCGCUUGACCGCUCUUCGGCUGCUGUCGUACUGUUGGCUGACAGUCAUGUUGCCACCCAACACUUUGGCAUUUAACGUCGUCUACAACAAGGAACCGUCAUCGUCUUCUUCGUUUCAGUCAUCAGCUUUCUAUCAAACUGGCAGCAGAAAGUUUGGCGGCUACCGAAUCGUACCUCGCGCAUGCAAAGACGAAACUCAUCCGUACAAGAACGAUGUAUCCAUCACCACCCCCACCGGAACCGGAACCGGAACAGGCGUGUGCAUGUUCAACUACGAAUGCACGCAACUGGGUGGCUCGGUGGUCGGGUCUUGUGUGGACGUGUUCCUGUUCGGCGCCUGUUGUCGGCUGCCGGCCGGCGUAAAACUGCCCGCCGCGAUCGAACAGAGCGCGCCGACAGCCGCGGCCGCCACCACUUUGACACCCGGCACGCACUAUAACGAUCUGCCACCGCUGUCGUUUCAACAGCCGGUGGCCGACACCAUACUGAUGCACCGUAACGGGUCGGCCGUGCAAAAUACUUACAGGCCGGACGACCUGUUCGGUAACUUCACGGCCCUAAUGCAGGCCCACCGUGACCGGUUACCACCGGCGGCCGACAUGACGGACGUCGUGCAACAGUACACCACGGACGGCGGUUACCACCAAUACAAUCAUCACCAGCACCGACCUCUGCCGUUUGCCGGAAACAAGAUCACGUCAAAGGUGGAUUACGGCGAUGCGGCCACCGUCAAGCUGCAGACGUCGCAGUCACCGCCAUAUUCGUCAUCGUCGUCGCCGGUGUCCAAGUCGACGGACUCGGUGCCGAACAUCCGGAAGACGACGCCGUCCGCGGCCACUGUCCAGGCGACCACGUCCAAACAGGGUUACGGCGGCGCGCACCACAAUCAUCACAAACACCCGUCGGCCGCCGACGACUAUUACGACAACAUGGUGCUGAUACCGACGCUGACGGUUAAUGACCCCAACGUCAAAGAAAACAACUCCAUCCACCACAUACUGUCCAUACUCAACUAUACGCCACCCGCGCCGGACAGGCAUCACGUGGAUCCGAUGGACGCUUCACCGUCGUAUGUCGUCCACCAGAUGCAGUCGAGUAGUCCUCCGCCCACCCCACCACCCGCCCUAUACACGUGGGGCUCGAUUGACGGCGAUUCCAAGUCACCCGGUUACGGGGCGUCCACGUUCCCGGUCACCAGGCCCUCGUCCACCAUCCACUCGUCGACGCCGGCGCAGCAGCACUACGACCGGCCGACUAACUAUUACGGAUCGACACCGUCCACCACGACCACCACAUCCAGCCACCACUUGCCGGGACCGCAUUUCCACGUUCUGUCCACCACGACCACAGCCAAGCCGUUCGAACCGGUCGCGCCCACUGUCAUUGUCCUGAGCCCAGCCAACGAUUCGAAAAAUCCCAACAAAUACACAACGCCCGCGUCUGCGGUGUACACGGCCUCCUCGUCAUCGUAUCGUCCACCACCCUCGUCGCACGUCAAACCGUCGCAGAGCAUCAUCGUGACGGGCAAACCAUCGGUGAGCGCGGCGUACACAACCACGGCCACCUAUCACCAUCCUCAACACCAGCACCAGCAGGACGCGGCUUUCGUGCCGGUCAGUUCAACCACGAUGGCCGACAAAUAUUACAACGCCAACUACCAACCAACCACCAGCGCCUUACAUACGUCAGCCAAGCCACUGGUUUCCACCAACUAUGGACACCGGCCGGCAUCGACGACGACCACCACCACAACAACUACCGGGAUACCCCCGACGCUCAGCAGUGCGUUACACCACGACACUAAUAACAACGUGUUUACCACGGUAAUAACGUCAGUGAACCAUCAAUACCACAAGUACCAGCCGACGGCCACGGGUAACGGUGGCUCCGGCUCGUAUUCGACGGCCAAACCGGUGGUGAACGAUGGCGGUGCGGUGGCCGUGCUGUCGUCCAGUGGCGGCUAUAGACCGUCGUCUACUGUCGACGAUGAUUACCCGACACCUGUAGUGACGCCUGCCACGCAGGUGUUUAUCACCGCCUCCGACGUGCACCACCUGCAGCAGCACCACAUUCAGCAGCAGCUGCAGCACCACAAUCUACAGCACCACACGUCGUCGUCUUCGUACCCGGUUAGCGGAGUGCACGGGUCCACUUCCGACGAUGACGUGAGCGCCGUUCCGUUCAACUCCACCGACACGUUUGCUUUCCCGCCGGUCCGUGACCCCAACGUCAACCUGACCGCAGCCACGCAACAGGAGAAACCGGACGUGACCGUCGUCGACUCGGCUGGCGAUUACGAUGCCGACUCCGAAUCCAACCCGCAGCUAACGGUCGACGACAACUUGGACGACAAGGUCCACUUGUUCGUCGAGAAGGUUGUCCAAUCGUUACAGGGCAAUUUCGAGGACCUGGAAAAGGUCCUUUUGUCCGGUGACCCGUCGUCAUCCAACGUGACCAUCGGUAACGACGACCCAGCUGGCUGGCCAACAAAGAAGCCCGCUUACGCUACGCCGACGGCCGCUACGCCUACGAAGAAACCGCCAAAACCAGCGGCCGUCAAGCCCACAAAACCGCCAACGCAGCCCGUCAAGUGGACUUCCACCACGACGUACCGGCCGACGCCGAUCAGUUCAUUGCUGGACGCUGCCCCGUACCUGGAGCUGACCACUGUGUCCCGGCCUACCAAGUACCCGACCCUGCUCACUCCCGUUCAGCUGUUUCAGCCCACCACGUACGCCACGGACAACAAGCGGCCGACCAAACUGCCCAUCAAGCAGACGCCUUCCACGACGGUCGUGCUGGACACGCUCAACGUCGAACACGACCAUCACACCACCGCUGAACCGGACUACAGGAAAACGUGCGGAGUGCGGCCUUUAGUGAGGAAAAGCGGUCGGAUCGUCGGCGGAACGGGUUCGACAUUCGGUGAAUGGCCAUGGCAAGUGUUGGUAAGGGAAGCCACGUGGUUGGGGCUUUUCACCAAGAACAAAUGCGGCGGCGUGUUGAUCACUCAACGACACGUCAUAACCGCUGCCCACUGUCAACCCGGAUUUUUGGCGAACCUAGUGGCGGUUUUUGGCGAGUACGAUAUCAGCGGCGAGGUCGAGUCUAAGCGGAGCAUCAGCAAGAACGUGAAACGCGUCAUCGUCCAUCGGCAGUACGACGCGGCGACUUUCGAGAACGACAUAGCCCUGCUGGAGCUCGAGUCACCGGUCAGCUACGACCAGCACAUAGUGCCAAUUUGUAUGCCGGACGACGAGGAUGACUUCACAGGACGUAUGGCCGUGGUCACAGGAUGGGGACGGUUGAAAUACGGAGGUGGAGUUCCAAGCAUCCUGCAAGAAGUGCAAGUUCCUAUAAUUGAAAACCAAGUGUGCCAGGACAUGUUCGAGACAGCAGGACACACGAAGAGCAUACUUAGCAGCUUCUUGUGCGCUGGUUACGCCAACGGACAGAGAGAUUCUUGCGAGGGUGACAGUGGCGGGCCUCUGAUGAUCGAAAAGGACAACGGUCGCUGGACCCUGAUCGGCACAGUGUCACACGGCAUCAAAUGUGCCGCACCGUAUCUGCCAGGCGUCUACAUGAGGACCACGUACUACAAGCCGUGGCUGCAGACCAUCACAGGCGUACAGUAGACACAUCGCCGCCGAAUCGUCAACACUAUUAUUGUUAUUGUUGUUUGUUGUUGUUUGUUUGUUUGUUGUUGUUGUUAUGAUUUUAUGGUCGUACCGUUAUAUGGUAGAAUAUAAUAUUAUGUAGAAUAAAAUAUAGAUCCUGGACCCCUCCUCAUAUGUCAACAGACCACAUAUUAUCAUCGCGCAUCGUAUUAUAUCUUACACCUAAUAAUAAUAUUAUAAUGAUCAAUUAAUAUGAAGAUUUAUAUUACCCACCGUGUGUGCACGCAUUAUACAUUCAAAUAUUCAAAGUUGGGCAAUGGUUACCUUCCGAAAGUAGGUAAGAAUCGGGUUACUCUGUACAGUAGGAAAAAAGUUUUCUAUUUAGAUACGCAAUGAAAUAUUACGCUAGACACUAUAUCAAAGAAAAGAAAUGAGUUACUAAACGAGUUACACAAUUUAUACCUACACGCUUCAUUUUAAUUCUUGAGUUGAUAUUAAUAAUAGAACAUUUAAACUUAAAAACAAAGAUAUUUCGAAUAUUAUAACUACCAGUUAUACGAAUUAAUACUAAUUUAUACGAAUUAUCAUCAGUACCAUUAAAUAGAUACGUACUAUCAAUCCCACGCGUUACUCAGAAUUACUUUUAAAAAUUGAUUCGAUUACAAUAAUCAAGCAUAUUUUUUGUUUCAAUUGUUACUAAAUUACCAAUCCAUUAUAUAAAAUGUUAUUUCUUUAAAUUUGGUAAAAAGUAAUUUAAUUUAAAAAACGUCACAACUCAACGCUGAAUCUAUAAUCUAAAUAUAUUUAUUAUAUAUGUAUGUAUGUAUGUAUGUAUGUAUGUGUGUGUGUGUGUGUGUGUGUGUGUGUGUGUGUGUGUGUGUGUGUGAGUGUAUGAGUGUGUAGAGACCCAUCCGGUGACCACAUGAGGCAUACGACGUAAUAAGGUGUGCAGCGAGUGUAUAGGUACAGAUGGAGGAACUUUAGUGAAUAAUUUCGUCACCCACCGACCGCGAGCAAUCAGCCAGAAAAAAUAAAUUGUGCUGGGAGUGUGGGAGGAAACAGAUUGAAAAAUACCGACACUGCUAGUAACAAUAUUUUAUAUGUAUCAUAAAUAUACGAGGUUCUAAUAUCAUAACAGCUGACAAACGUCUUUAUUUUACCCCUCCGACGAUUUGUACUAUUAUUUUCAUCGAUUCGAUUAUUUUCGACGAUUUCCCAUUAGUGCAUGACGUGAUAAUCAUAUCAAAGUCGCGUAUAGGUACAUUAUCAUAGUAAUCAGAAUACAAUUUUCGCCAUAAUUUAUCACUGUAAAUUAUUAUUUAUUUGUUUAUUUAUUUAUACAUAUUUAUUAUUUAUAUAUAUAUAUUUUUAUGCAAGUGUACAUUUUAUUUUCAUUUUUGUAACGUUAUACGAUAUAUAUAUUGUUUGAAUCUUUCCUUUCUACUAUAUUUUUAUAUUUAUAAGAUUUAUGUACAUUACUGUUUUUAUUUUUAUUUUUAUUAAUAUUAUAAUAAUUAUUAUUAUUUUUGUACUAUUUUAUCAUUUGGAUACAACAUAGGUAAUAUUACUAUUAAUAUGUGUUGCUUGAACGUGAACACAAUAAUAUACUAUACAUACUAGAGAUAAUGUUAUUAUAUUAUAUACGCAUAAUAGCGCACGUACAUUAUAAUAUAUUAUAAUAAGUAAAUAUGUCGUUCAAUGACUUUUUUUUAAUACAUAAUAUAUGAACUUUUUU